UAACAAUAUUUUUCUCUCUAAUCAUACUUAACCUUACUUACAUGCGUGUGGUUUAUUUGUAUGUAUUUUAAACCCGUUGCUAUGGUUACACAUUUGUUGGUAUGUAUAAAGGUGGGUCCAGACUUGAACAUUUUAGCCCGAACGAACAGAAAGAGCUGAACGAGCAAAGCCGAAUUCGCUAAGUGUGGACUUGCGCCCGAGCCGAAUCUAACGAGCCGGAACGUUUUCCGGAGCUUGUCGGUAAAUCGGAAAUGCUCAAAGAGGUUUAUUGUUCGCCGAAUUAUUCAGUUGACGGAAUUAAUAUAGUUCGCGCGGUUCGCAGCAUUCGAGUUGUCUGUGUGUUUUGAAGGUACGGAAAAAAUAAGAAAGAGUUAUUUAGUUUUAUUAUUUAAAUAAUAAUUUGAUAAUGGAGUGAAAUAGGGAAGCAUGUUUAAAAUUAAUUGACAUUUAUGAACAAAACCCUGUGUUGUGGAAUCCCAAACACGGAUUGUAUUACUAUAAAAUAAAAAAGCAUGACGCCUGGGUGAAUAUUGGUCAAAACAUGCAGUGUGGUAGUGAAGAGGUAAAAAAGAAAAUGGAGAGCAUGUUGGCAAGUUUCAGGCGGGAAAAAUCCAAAGGCAAAAAAUCUGUUGGUACCGGUAAAGGUAGGCAAGAAGUGUAUAUAUCCAAAUGGUUUGCUUUCACCCGAAUGGCCUUUUUAUUAGACAGAGAUGAACCAACAGAAACAUUAACUUCUCUCAAUGAUGACACAGAAACGAUGGAGGCUGCUUCGCAAGAAGAUAUUGAGGAUUCCCUUGAUCAAUCUACAGAUAUAAAUGAUGAUCAUUCACAAAACGACAGAGGCAAUCUUAAGCCCGCAGAAAUAUUCGAUAGUUGUACUGAUUAUGGAAAGCAUGUGGCAAAUAAGCUGAGAAAUUAUUCGGAGAGGACUAAAGCGAUAGUACAGUACCAUUUUAAUAAUAUAUUAUUUCAAGCUGACAUGGGUAAUUUUGAAAUAAAUAGAAAUGCAGCAGCUAUGAAUGUUGCUGCAAACUAUCAGAAUUCGUCCAUAACUUUGCCCACUGGUCACUUUACGACACCCAUUCCAACACCUUCUCCACAAGAAACGUCACAAAGUGAAGUUUCAUAUACUGAUUUGUCAACUCCGAUCAGCGAAGUUAAUGCUCAAGAAGAAACAGGUUCACUUGGAACAGCCGCUAAUUUCUUAAGCAACUGGCAAAUUGAACAUUACUAACUACCUACCAAUUAUUGGAAAAAAAGUUCAUUAUUUUCUAUUUUUUUCUGCUUUAUUUUUGUGUUCGUUAAUUAAUAUAGGUUCUAAUAUCACUUAUAAUGCAUAUGUAUUAUUUCUUACCUUUAUCUGGUUCUUCAAACUCAAGGUUAGCGCUUUACA